AUGGUGGAAGGAGAAAGUUCAAAGAAUCCUAAGAAGUCUAAUGGAAAAAGGAAGUUUAAAGGAAAGGAUCACAAGUCUUCCAAGAAGAAGGAUAAGUUGGUUUGUUGGAAUUGUAACAAACCGGGUCACUUCAAGAAAGAUUGUCGUCUUCGCAAAGUGAAUAAGGAUGGUGCUGGACCAAGUGGAUCUAAGGAUCCAGAAAAGCAACAAGGUCAGAUUUUUGUUUCAUUGCAGAUUUCUAAAUAUAUUCAAAAUUAUAUUUAUGUGAUUUCUGAAGCAUUUUAUGUGCAGGCAACAUCUAACUGUUUUCUUCGAUAUAACCAAUAUGACUCUUCGCUACAUAGAGCAGAAAGGCUUUCCAUUUCUCAUGGUUUGGCUUUAUUUGGAAAAAAUAUGAAAUCAAUGCCGAUUGGGUUUGCUCUAAAACCUUCUUCAUCUUCUUUACGAACUCCAUUGGUGGCAACUGCAGUUGGGUCUGUAAAAGUAUCAAAGGUUCAAGUGUGGAAAACCAUUAGAUUGAGGGACUCUAAUGUUACAUUUGAGAGAUCGAAUCAUCUACACGGUUAUAAACUGAAUGAUCCUGAAAGUGCCAACAAGUAUUGCUCUGAAUUUCAUCGACAUCAAAGAAGAACCAAACUUCAGGCAAACGCUAGCUCUGAAUUUUCUAUCAAUCCACAUGAUUCUGAGGUUGCUCCUCCCCAAAAAGAUGGCAAAUCACUUGGAGCUACGUUGGAUCUUAUUUACAGAUAUUCAAGAGCUUACACGCUCAAAGGAACAGUGUUAUCCAUCAUUUCAAUAUCUUUGCUUGCCGUCCAGAACCUUUCGGAUUUUACUCCGUCAUUUUUCCUUGGAGUUUUGCAGGCGAUCAUUGGUGGCUGUUUAGCCAAUUUGUAUGUCGUCGGCAUAAAUCAACUCUCUGACAUUGAUAUCGACAAGGUUAACAAACCAUAUUUGCCAUUGGCAUCCGGGGAUCUUUCAGUUAAAACCGGCAUUCUACUCACCUCAUUGUAUGCUAUUUUGGGUUUUUGCCUCGGAUGGAGUACUAAAUCUUGGCCGUUGAAGUUAGGUCUCUUGUUAUGGUAUGCUUUUGGAACUGCAUAUUCAGUUAAUCUACCAUUACUAAGAUGGAAGAGCAUUCCUGCACUUGCUGCAAUGUGCCUUUGGUCAGUUCAAGGAGCGAUCAUUCCUAUUUUGUUCCACCUCCAUGCACAGACAAAUAUAUACGGAAGAUCACUCUCACUUUCGCAGCAUGCCAUUUUUGUAUUUGGGUUCAUGAGCAUAUAUGGGAUAGUUAUCGCACUAUUUAAGGAUAUUCCAGAUGUCGAGGGAGAUAAGUUAAAUGGUAUCAACUCAGUCGCACUACAAAUCGGGAAAAAACCGGUGUUUUGGCUUUGUAUAUGGCUCCUUGAAAUGGCAUACGGUGUGGCCAUAUUAAUUGGGUUAUCGUCGACCCGUUUUUGGAUCCGAUCAUUAAUGGUAAUCGGUCAUAGCAUUCUCGGUUUUAUUCUUUGGAGAGAAGCAAACCUUGUUGAUCUCAAAAGUGACGUGGCUAUAGAAUCAUUCUAUCUGUUUAUUUGGAAGCUCUACUAUAUGGAAUACUUGAUGGUGCCCGUUUUAAGAUUUUAAGCAUAAAAAAGCGGCAAGUGAUCAGUGAUGUGUGCCAUUCAUUUUUUUUUUUUUUUAAUUAUCAUUGGAUUUUUAGUUUUUAUUCGUUUGAUUUUCACGUAGAUCAAGAUUUCAUUAUGAAUUGCAUAACAUAAUAACGAAAGUGGUGUGAUUUCUGAUCUAUGAAAAUCGUUUUUUUAUUAAUUUUUUUUGUUGG